CAAGCUUGGUGGCGGGGGCGGGGGGGAAAGUUAUGGAGAGAAGUAUAAUCGGAUCAUGUUCAAUCCGUGUCUCCGCGAGUGUUUUGUUUAGCAAAAAAAAAUUAAAAUAUGAUGUGCGUAUAGAGAAGUCGUGCAAUCGCCCAGCUCUAUAAAUGAAUACAUAGAAGGGCGUCUGGGCGAGAAAGAGCGGAAUUCUCCCUCGUUGGAGUGCUGGGACAGGUCUGUUUUUCCGUUUCCAAGGACUGUAUUGCUGAUGUCACCGCAGAGGAGGAGGGCACCAGACAAGGACAGGUGCGCGGCGUAAAGUUGCAAAUCCAGUCUGUUUGGAUCGAGCUGGGAAACAAACAGCUGAUACGGAGAUCACUACGUUGAACUUGUUUUGACUGCAAUUCCAUCAAUUUGUCUGCAAAUUUCUGGAUUAUUUGGAGAUACAAACGUCGCAUUUGAAACGAGGAAGACUACCAGGCACUCUUAAAGUCCCUUCUAUAUUGUUAGAUUGGAGUUUAACCGCAAAAAAAGGAAGGCCCUGUUGUGGGGGGCGUGGGGUCGAGACACCCCAGCACCAAAACCGACACUUUCUGUCUCGAUGCGACACUGACGCAGUCGGUUGGCCUCGCAUCCAAGCGUGCGAAGAGGUGAUGCGCGAGUGAUCCACGGUGGCGACCGACCACAUUCCACGUGGAACAGACUACUUAUCAUCGAAGUGGAAUAUGACACUUGAUUCAUACAAUCUGCAAUGAUUCCCCUGUGCGUCACUGCAUCUUAGCACCACCAGCCGCUCUCUCCUUUACGGAAGAUCGUGUUCGGGCUGCAGAAAAAAAAGAGCAACCAACAAUGUCCAAGACGCUCAAAAAGAAGAAGCACUGGUCUGCUAAAGUCCAGGAGUGCGCCGUGUCGUGGGGGGGAUCCGGUGACUUGGUCACGAUGGUGGAGGUACGAGGCGGCGCCGAGCAGGGGGAGUUCCCCUACCUCGGCCACAUUGCGGCCGAGACGAUGGUCUGUCACGCCGGAAGACUUCCAGGCAGCGGGGACGUGCUGCUGGAGGUCAACGGCACUCCGGUGAGCGGGCUCACCCACCGGGACACGUUGGCUGUCAUCCGCCACUUCCGAGAGCCCAUCCGGCUGAAGACAGUCAAACCAGGGAAGGUGCUGAAUGCCGAUUUGCAUCACUACCUCAGCCUGCAGUUCCAGAAGGGUUCCCUGGACCACAAGCUUCAGCAGGUGAUCAGGGACAACCUGUACCUGCGCACGAUUCCCUGUACAACUCGUCAGCCCAGAGAGGGGGAAGUUCCUGGAGUGGACUACAACUUCAUCAGCGUGGAAGAGUUUCGUAAUCUGGAAGAAUGUGGACUGUUGCUUGAGAGUGGAACUUAUGAUGGUAACUACUAUGGAACGCCUAAACCGCCUGCCGAGCCGAGCCCUGUACAGCCGGACUUGGUGGACCAGGUCUUGUUCGAUGAAGAUUUUGACAAUGAAGUCCAACGAAAGCGCACAACUUCAGUCAGCAAGAUGGACAGGAAGGACAGUGCAGCCCCAGAGGAGGAGGAUGAAGAAGAGAGGCCUACAAUGGUCAAUGGUCAAGCUGACCACAAGGACAAGGCGGACUGGAGGAAGUCCGUGCCCAGCUACAAUCAGUCAGCUGCGGCCAUGGACCUGCGAGCGUGGAGUGCAAUGGCACAGGACGAUAGUCAGGAGCCCCUGCCAAAGAACUGGGAAAUGGCCUACACAGAGACCGGCAUGGUCUAUUUUAUAGACCAUAACAGCAAAACCACAACCUGGCUGGACCCACGGCUUGCCAAGAAGGCCAAGGCUCCUGAGAAAUGCGAAGAAGGAGAGUUGCCCUACGGCUGGGAGAGGAUCGAGGACCCCCAGUAUGGCACCUACUAUGUAGACCAUAUCAACCAGAAGACUCAGUUUGAGAAUCCAGUCCUUGAAGCAAAGAGAAAAGUAAGCGUCGAGACGCCCUCCGCAGCAUCCUCAACAACGGCCACACCCUCAGAGGAGCCUGUCCACGGGGUGCGACACUUCACACGAGACCCGUCUCAGCUACAGGGCUCCAUCUAUCAGACUGCACUUCGAAAAAGCCCCCAGGGCUUCGGCUUCACCAUUAUCGGAGGAGACCGACCAGACGAGUUUCUUCAGGUCAAAAAUGUCCUUCCUGAUGGGCCUGCUGCACACGACAAGAAAAUUGCCUCUGGUGACGUGAUUGUUGACAUCAAUAGGACAUGUGUGCUGGGGAAAACGCAUGCCGAUGUGGUGCAGAUGUUCCAAUCCAUCCCCAUCAACCAGUAUGUUGACAUGGUCCUGUGCCGUGGUUACACACUACCCGAAGAUUCUGGCAGUGGGGGGGACGCAUCCAAGGAUUCUUCUCCCUCCGCUUCCAAGUCUCAGGACCACCUACACAAGGUCCAGGAAGGUGGAACCCUCCCCAGGCAGACUGCUGCGGUACCGCCCAUGACUAACGGGGGGCGUCACCACCACCACCAUGCGCACCAUCACCUCCACCAUCACCACCCUCCUCAUGUUCACAACCAGGAGGCCCCAGAUGCCACCCUGCUCCAGCCCGAGCUCAUAAGCGUGCCUUUAUUGAAAGGCCCUGGAGGUUUUGGCUUUGCUAUUGCUGACUGCCCCCUGGGUCAAAAGGUGAAGAUGAUUCUCGACGCACAGUGGUGCCGUGGUCUGCUGAAGGGUGAUGUCAUCAAAGAGAUUAACAGACAGAACGUGCAGACGUUGAGUCACUCGCAGGUGGUGGACAUCCUCAAAGACUUGCCCGUAGGCAGUGAAGUCAACGUGCUGGUGCUCCGAGGAGGUCAGACAUCACCUGUGAAAUCAUUGAAACCCUGCACGGCACCAACAUCUCAGCCUGCUCCUCAGCAUGCACCCCAACCUACAUUCCAGCCUGCCUCUCAACAGACUCCUCACCACACCCACCCUACUCCUGCCACACAGUUGCAGCGACCGGAGCUAAACCACAGCCCUGAGACUCUCGGUCAUGCAGAGGUGCCGCCUAAUCUGCUCUCCAAUGUCAUGAGCUCAUCUUCUCCCAAACCAGAUGCUUCAGAACUAUACGUCAAGUCCAAGGCGUUGUUGGAUAGCCAGCCUGCAAACACCAAGGACCUAGAUGUAUUCAUCAAGAGAAACCAAGAGUCAGGCUUUGGCUUCAGGGUUCUUGGAGGCGAGGGGCCGGAGCAGCCGGUGUACAUCGGUGCCAUCGUCCCGCUGGGUGCAGCUGAGAAGGACGGGCGCCUGAGGGCAGGUGAUGAGCUGCUUUGUAUCGAUGGCGUGCCAGUGAAAGGCAAAUCACACAAACAAGUACUGGAACUGAUGACCAACGCUGCCCGCAAUGGCCAGGUCAUGCUAACGGUCCGCAGGAAACUGACGCAUUCAGACGUUGGCGGCUGGGAAGAGGAGGGCGGGCAGCAGACCCCGCAUGUGGCACCUGCUCUGGUCGGCAGCUCUCCGUUGACUGCCCGAGGGGAGCCCCUGAAGACUGCUUAUCCCUCUCGACAGGAGUCCUUUGAAAUCACACUGCAUCGAAAAGACAACGAAGGCUUCGGCUUUGUCAUUCUCACCUCAAAGAACAAGCCCCCUCCUGGAGUAAUACCUCACAAGAUUGGACGCAUCAUUGAAGGCAGCCCUACUGACCGUUUGGGCCAGAUGAAGGUGGGUGACCGAAUCUCUGCUGUAAACGGUCAGACCAUCAUGGAGCUGUCACACAACGACAUUGUCCAGCUCAUCAAGGAAGCAGGCACUUCAGUUACCCUCACCGUUGUACCUGAAGACGACAGUAUGCCUCCCUCCACCACAAACUCAGCCAUGCAGAGUCCCUCGGUGCAUCCAAGAGCUGUUGGCCAGCAGGCUCCCAACUAUGCAGACAGGAAUGGUGACAUGGGAAUACUCAACGCACCGGGCCUAAAGCAGGACUGUUUUGUGGUGGAGUUGGAUCGUAGCCAGAGGGGUUUCGGCUUCAGCCUGAGGGGAGGUAAAGAGUACAACAUGGGCUUGUUUAUCCUGCGCCUGGCUGAGGACGGGCCUGCACUUAAGGAUGGAAGGAUACAUGUUGGUGAUCAGAUUGUCGAGAUCAACGGUGAGGCCACUCAGGGCAUCACGCACACUCGGGCCAUCGAGCUGAUCCAAGCCGGAGGCAAUAAAGUUCAUCUGUUGCUCCGACCCGGCCAGGGUUUGGUUCCCGAUCACAGUUCAAAGGAAAACGCAAUCAUUCCAACCUCAAGCUUGCCCAAACAUUCUGUAACUGACGAGCAGCUAUCAUCUCCAGCCUCUCCAUCCUCUGUCUCCAUCUCGGAAUGGUCCCCAUCUUCACCCCCGGUAACCAUCUCUGAUGACUUCUCCAGAACAGAGCUGUGGUCAGUGGGCUCGCCUGCCACAGGGAGGGAGCAUGCACGUCAACCUAACAGAUUAAGAGGACAGCAGGUUUCCACCAAGCGUACCACCAGUCCUGGCACACACGCCAGGAAAACAAGCCGCAGUGACUCCAAGAGAGCGACUGAAAGCGGAGCAGAUCACGCCAACAGGUCCCACAGCCCCAAGAAAACAGAGCGGGGAUCCUUGGAGGACAUGAACAGUCUUCGAAAGCACGAAGGGAAGAGAGACCAUCACUCCUCCAGCCCCAAGAAGAGUCCCAAGAGAGAACAUGACCCUGCUGUGCCUUUAAGGAACCAGGAGGAGUCCCAAAGCCCGCGCCGCCCAGCGGGCCAGCAACCGGCCGGGGAGGGGCGAAGGUACAAGGAUGAGUCUGCGGCCCAUUGGCAGGAGAGAGGCACUACGGAAAGUGAUCGACACAGGAGGGGCAAAAAGGCUGAACAAGAGGCAAUGGCACAAAAGUCACACGUACACAGGGAGAGGUCGGGAUCAGGUGCCGAGACGCUGAACCGCAGGAGUGUAAAAGAGAAAGAGAGUAGGUCCCAGAAGUUGCCUGAAGAUGGGAGUAAAAAGGACCCCAGGGGGUCCAGCAGUAGCAUCCAGGACCCUGGCUGCAAUGGCAUGUCCAGCAGCAAGAAGCCUCCCAUCACGCCGGGGCCGUGGAAGGUUCCCAGUCCGAGCAAGAUCCAGUCUCAGGUGGACACAACAUAGAAAGCAUCUAGUCAAUCAUGGACCAUGAUUUCCUUUCACCCAGUUUUGCCUGGCUCAGUUUGCCAAGGGUGAUGUGUGUUCCUCCAUGCACGCUGAAAUCUGCUUUAGAAUCUGAAUUUGUUUUGUUUUUUGUUUUUGUUUGUUUGUUUGUUUUUGGGGGGGGGGUUCAUUUCAGAGUCCAGUUUGAAGGAAACUGACCUAUUUCCCCAUUCACUGUGAGACUUGGAUGAAGGAUCUGAUUUUAGUCACUGUGAAGGUUCAAGGCACAUUCUUGUGCUGGCUGAUUCUCCGUUGAUUGUGGAUGUAUUCUAGGUGUUGGACAAGUCAUUUUGGUGUUUUUUGACAACACUAUUCCAUUGAUGAGCUGACCGCUUUCAUACUCAUCUGAGGUUACGACUCUCAUGAUCUUGUCAACAUGUUGACAGCUUUUGUGGAGCUUCUGAAACACCCAUCAACAGACACUUGUGCUUACUGUUCUCGUAUUUGUUUCAUCUGUGUUGAUAUUAAUGUAACUUAUUGAAAUGGUAACUGUCAGUAAACAUGCUAAGUCAUUUCACUUGUCAGGUCUUAAAGGUAGGAAGAGGGUGUGUACAUUACCAGUUUAAAAUGACAAGUGUGCGACAAAAAAGGUUUUGGCAAUGGGGGGGAAAUCUAUUAUAGCUUGAUCUGCCUACAUUAUAUACACACACAC